UGGAUAACGAGAGGAACGCCCCCAGGUUUCACGAGGACGGAGAAGAAGGAGAAGGAGGAGAAUGACCAAGGGGAAGAAGCAGCUGCUCUCGAAAGCUCCGUGGAGGGUGGAAGAUGACGACCAGUCGGACAAGUUCAAGGACGCGAAGCUCCGGGUCACGAGCCAGCCCGGGCAGACGCCGACCAUGCACGUCCCCCGCAAGAAGAGCAGGCCCGGCGACGCCGACGAGGAGGACGAGUCCGCUCUCGACCCCGAGCUCCGAUACAGCUUCCAGCGGAAUUUCAUGUUCCUUCAACGGGUAUUUAGCAUUGAUACCAUUGUCAAACCUCUUCCACCUGCCAUGGCAUACAAUGUCUCCAGGAAUCUAAGCUUCUUUACGCGCAUUUUCACACAGUUCUAUGAUCCAGAAGGAAUUGCGAAUGCACAGAAAUCGCUUGGUAUAGGACAAGAAGAAAAAGCUCGCCGUGUUCGUUAAACAUACAGUGAUAGGAUGCAUCACACAAUUUGAAGCCAUCCUUCCUACAUUUUGGUUUGAUCCCAGGUUUCAACCAGGAUGUCAAAAGUAGCAGGAAUAGUCCUUGAGCUUUCUGAGCUUGAUCCGUGAAAUUUUGUAAUAGACAAGAAGCACAUGCAAAAUCUGUACCUUUUCUGUAUGACUUGUUGACAGACCUUUUCAAAGUUGUGAAUUCUGAAACCCUUUAUUUGCAAACUCGUAGCAUCUCUGAA